UUUCCGAAAGCCAUAGGGCAGUGGCGCGCUGCGGCAGGAGACUGAGUGCUGAGGGAAGCUGAGUUGUGCCCCGGAGCGCGUAGUUGGGAACUGGAACCCGCCUGGGUUGUGUGCAGAAGGCCAGAGCAAGGGAGUAGAGAAGUGGGGUGCAAGCGAGAGGUCUGGAAUCCGUCCGGGGUCGGGCGCGCGCUGGGCCAGCGGACAGGUCGGAGCGCGCAGUCCGCCGGAACGAGUAACGCUGCAGGCCUAGUAUUGAACACUAAGUAAUGGCUAUGCAGAUGCAGCUUGAAGCAAAUGCAGACACUUCAGUGGAAGAAGAGAGCUUUGGCCCACAACCUGUUUCACGAUUAGAGCAAUGUGGCAUAAAUGCCAAUGAUGUGAAAAAAUUGGAAGAAGCUGGAUUCCAUACUGUGGAGGCUGUUGCCUAUGCACCAAAGAAGGAGCUGACAAAUAUUAAGGGGAUUAGUGAAGCCAAAGCUGAUAAAAUUCUGACAGAGGCAGCUAAAUUAGUUCCAAUGGGUUUCACCACUGCAACUGAGUUCCACCAAAGGAGAUCAGAGAUCAUACAGAUUACAACUGGCUCCAAAGAGCUUGACAAACUACUUCAAGGAGGAAUUGAGACUGGAUCCAUCACAGAGAUGUUUGGAGAAUUCCGAACUGGGAAGACCCAGAUCUGUCAUACGUUGGCUGUAACAUGCCAGCUUCCCAUUGACCGAGGUGGAGGUGAAGGAAAGGCCAUGUACAUCGACACCGAGGGUACCUUUAGGCCAGAACGGCUGCUAGCAGUGGCUGAGAGAUAUGGCCUCUCUGGCAGUGAUGUCCUAGAUAAUGUAGCUUAUGCUCGUGGGUUCAACACAGACCACCAGACGCAGCUACUGUAUCAAGCCUCAGCCAUGAUGGUAGAGUCCAGAUACGCACUGCUAAUCGUAGACAGUGCCACCGCUCUCUACAGAACAGAUUAUUCUGGUCGUGGGGAACUUUCAGCCAGGCAGAUGCACUUGGCCAGGUUUCUGCGGAUGCUUCUGCGACUUGCUGAUGAGUUUGGUGUAGCAGUGGUAAUCACCAACCAGGUGGUAGCCCAAGUGGAUGGAGCAGCCAUGUUUGCUGCAGAUCCUAAAAAACCUAUUGGAGGAAAUAUCAUUGCUCAUGCCUCAACAACCAGAUUGUACUUGAGGAAAGGAAGAGGGGAAACCAGAAUCUGCAAAAUCUACGACUCGCCUUGUCUUCCUGAAGCUGAAGCUAUGUUUGCCAUCAAUGCAGAUGGAGUGGGAGAUGCCAAAGACUGAAUCACUGGGUUUUUUCCUGUGGUAAACCUAAGUGCUGCAGCCUAAUGGAGAAGACUGCUCCCUGGGGUUCUUUGCAGGCCUCUUCCUGUUGUGACUGCCAGAAAAAGGCUUCCGGAAAAAACAGCUAUUGUAUCAGGUUCUCUGAUGGUGUAAACAGGAGACAGGUCAGUAGUCACAGACUGAUCUGAAAUGUUUAUUCCUUCUAGAGUGUAUUAAUCUCUGUGAAUUCUUUAGUUUUGGGGGGGCGGUGUGUGGAAUACCUUUGACAUAGUGCCUUGCAGUUGACUUGGGACUGACAGCUGGACAAUCUUGUCUCCAAGGGAACUAAAGCUAGGCAGACCUGACUCUUCUCUAUGUUGAAAAAAAUGCCUGAGUUACGUGGCAGAGCGAAUGGCUCUCCUCACCGGUUUAUUCUCUGUCAGUAAAACUGUCAGUCAGACAAGGUUUUUAAGUUUCUGUGCCUGAAUUACCUUAUGUAAGAAUUUGUUCCAGUUCAGGGGCACGGAGCAGACCUGCUAAAGCACCAGGCCUUCACCAUCUACUUGGGGUUCUUUUACUGCUCAGAUCAACUCAAGAUAAUUCUGGAAUUUUAGGCAAUCCAGAGGCUAAGUAGAUUCAGUGUGGGCCUGCUAAUAAAGUAGUUAUUUGUACUGAAUGUGUUGUUUAUAGAAGUUAUUCUGGUAUAAGCUAAGUAUGCAAAACAGGGCCUUCAUAAUAUCUUUUUGGCACUGGUGGGGUGAUCAGUUUCUGUUGCUUUAAAAUUGAAAACUUAAAACAGAAGUCUGAAUUCAUAUGACUGAGCUUUUAUUGUCCUUCAACCUAAUAUACUGUCACAAGAUGUAUAUAUAAUUGCUUUCCUGUGGCCUUUGUUUUUAUUCUGUAAGUCAUGUAGCGGCCUGAUACUUGCCUGGAUUACUCUACUUCAGGGGUUUGAGAUACUCUUCUUCCCAACCUUCUACUCAGGCUGGGUUUUAACCAGCUCUUCCCAUUUCGAAGGGCCUCUCAGCUAGUACUGGAAGUGAAAGAAAGGCGGUGAAAAUCUCUGCUAUUGCCUAUGUUGAUCUGACUAUAUGUAGGAAGAUAGGGAGAUACAGUCACUUUAAUGCAGCUUUGUUUUUUGUUGUUGUUGUUUUGUUUUUAAAGAUUUUAUUGGGGAAGGGGAACAGGACUUUUUUGGGGAACAGUGUGUACUUCUAGGAUUUUUUUCCAAGUCAAGUUGUUG